AGUUUAUUAUGACUUUGACUGAGCACAUCCACCAAUCAAUACUACUAGCAAAGGAGCAAAAGCAACUCACAAGACUUUGAAGACUGAUCAUACAAAAAUAAGCAAUUUUUUAUUAUUAUUUACAGUGAUGGGAACGGUGGCGAAAGAGGCGGCGAUUGAUUUACUGAAAAAUGAGAUUCCGGUGGAGGAAGACGAGCCUCUGUUUAUCUCCGGCGACGUCAACACCGGUCUCGUACUCGUGGACAUCGUUAAUGGCUUCUGCACUGUCGGCGCUGGCAAUUUGGCUCCAGUGGCACCCGAUAAACAAAUUUCAGCAAUGGUUGAUGAGUCGGUUAAACUUGCAAAAAUGUUUUGUGAGAAGAAAUGGCCUAUUUAUGCUCUUCUUGAUUCUCAUCAUCCUGAUGUGCCUGAGCCACCUCAUCCUCCUCAUUGUAUCGCUGGAACAGAUGAAUCUAAGUUGGUUCCUGCUCUGCAAUGGUUGGAAAGUGAACCAAAUGUGACACUGCGAUGCAAGGAUUGCAUUGAUGGGUUUCUUGGUUCGAUUGAGAAGGAUGGAUCUAAUGUCUUCGUAGAUUGGGUGAAAGCUAAUGAGAUUAAAGCUAUAUUGGUUGUAGGGAUAUGCACGGACAUGUGCGUGCUUGAUUUUGUGUGUUCUGCCUUAUCUGCAAGGAACCGUGGAUUUCUCUCCCCCCUGGAAGAUGUGAUUGUAUAUUCCCGUGGCUGUGCUACUUUUGAUCUUCCACUGCAGAUUGCUAACAUAAAAGGAGCCUUACCUCAUCCACAAGAAUUGAUGCAUCAUAUAGGCCUUUACAUGGCCAAAGGAAGAGGAGCAAAAGUAGUUUCAGAGAUCUCCAUUGAUACAACUGCAAGAGAGACAUAAUUCUAAACAUGAAACUUGGAUCCAGAUUUUCGGAGUUCAGAAGGAAACUGCUACAGCUGUUGCGACUUUACAAAAGACUUCUUAGCUUCCUUAAUCUAUAGAAAGAUAAAUUUGUCAAUAGGCAACUUUAUGUUGUUCAGUGAGAUGUGCAGCCAAACUUUCUUGUUCCGAAGCUACUAUAUUCACCAUAUUGUAUUAGUUCUCCCUAGAUUAACUGUCAAUGCCAAUUUGACUAGAAUAUUUUCAGCUUAUUAUAUCAACUACUAGCUGAAUAAGAGUACACCUUGUUAAAUAAGCGCUUACAGAUUGACUA